AUGCCAAAAUUCUUUUGCAAUUCAUCUUCCCUGGGUUUAUACCACAGAAGCCAGGGAGCAGCAUGAGCCUGAUGCUUUCCAGGGAAGAUGGAGCCAAGAGCAAGAAUCCAACCAGUGGGACAGAGGCUUUGCCAGCCAGUGCCCCAUCCCACAGUUCCUGAGCAGGAAGCAGGGAGGACCAGCCUGGCACCUCACACCAGGACUGUGGUUCAGUCUCCUGAUGUCUGUUGUUACUACAUUUUCAAGUGCAUCUUACUCAGCUCCUCUGGAACACUUCUGGAAAGAGGAAUGCAUGCUGAUGAAUGUGGACUCAUCACUGCAGCUUUGAAACUAAAUUUCCUUGUGGAGCCACUCCAGAUUUGGCAGUCGAGUCAUGAUGAUGACUUCAGCUGCCCCAUCUGCCUCCAGACAGCUUCUCUCCCAGUAGAAACCAACUGUGGACAUUUAUUCUGUGGUUCCUGUCUGAUCUCAUACUGGAAACAUAGCCCCUGGUUAGCAGCAAUAACCUGCCCUCUCUGCAGACAGAAGGUGGUUCUUCUGGAUAACAUCUCUUGUGGAAAGCAACAAGAUAAGCCAAGUAAACAAAUUGUACAUGACAUCAGAGAUUACAACAAGCGUUUCUCAGGGCGACCUCGACCCUUUGCAGAUUACCUCUAUGACAUGCCCUUGUUCCUGGCCCUUGCCUUGCGAGGAAUCUUCACCUGCAGUGGUCUCAUAUGGAUUUUUUUCCUAAGAGUUGCUGUUUGCUCCUUUGGGACAAUCAUAUGCUUCUCCUCUCCAUUUGACACAAAGCCUGCUCCUCUCUGCAGGACGCUUGGAACUGCUGAUGACAUGGUGGUUGUUUCUCUUCUUUUAAUUUGCAUACUAAACAUUUGUCAGCAAAUUGCAUCUAAUGGGGUAAAUACAGAGAGGUCUGCAGUGCCGGGUGUGCUGUCAGAGUCCUGACUGACUCAACCUUGGAUUCCUUCCUCAGACUUCAUCAAGUGAUGAUGACAGACUCCUCUUUGAUUUUGGGGCAGCAUAUGAUGGAUUUGUCAUUCUGCUGCUGCCAAAGGCUGAAGCAGGACUCAGCAGUACUUGGCAUGGCCAAAUGAUUCGAUGUGCAAGUGCUUAGCAGGCUCAUU